CAACACACAAAAGUAAACAAAAAUAUAAACAUUCAAAGCGCUGCAUGAAAUUCCGAUAAAUAUAUUUCUACUAUGACUCUUAUCAGUAUUUUUAAUGCAAUGAAAAUGUCUCGCUUUCCAUGGAAGUGUUCUGCUAUUUAUCACCAACAAAUACGGCUGAAUUCAAACAAAACAUGCAUAGCAAGAAUUGGACGUGACAAAUAUUGUCGAAUGUACCAAACCACUGUAGUCAACCCUGAUGGCUCUUCAUUUACUAUUAGAUAUUUUGAGCCCAGAAAAAUCAUCAGACUACCUUUGGAUACUAGCAAGUUGAGUGCGGAAGAACUUGAAGCUCAUAUAAAUAGGAGAAAACCAAAAGAAAAAGUGAUAAUUGAAGAACAAAUAGAAGAUAAUUUUGAUUUGAAUCGUUAUAGUCAUUUAUGGAAAUCAAAACCUAAUAAAUAAUUAUAUGUGAAGCAUCUCAAAA